AAAAACCACCUGUUAUUAUCUAUAAAAGGACUAUUUGAUGUUUCAAUGAUCUAUUAAUAUUAUUAUGAUUACACAUCUUUGGCAUAUUUUCCCAAGAAUUCGGUGACAAUAUGACAACAGUGUAAUAUUUGUUUGUCAGUUUUCUGUCAGUUGGGUCACAUGUUAGCUGUCACAUUUUGUUUAGGUAUUCGAAUUCAUAGGAUUUUCAAGUCGAACGACGAAGUGGAGUCGUCUACACUGAAAAAUCUAAAAAUAAGUUAUCCGAUACGCCGCCCCACAAAUUGCCGAAUAUAGAAUCUCAAACGACUGAACCAAAAAUAUCUUUAUACGCUUACACCGCUGUCGCAUAGAUCCACGCCUCAGUUUCUUCAUGGGCUGUUUACCGGUCGCCGCUAGUUUGAGUUUAUUUUCGGGUCGUGCACAUAUUUCUCACCAUGGGAGAGGUUUCCGAUGCCGUAAAGAAGUGCUGCAGCAUACUUAGUAACUCCACGAGUGAUACAGAAAAGUUUGCUGCACUGUUUAUGGUGACAAAGUUGGUCAAAGGCAAGCAUGCUACUCCCAACGCGAAGAAGGCUAUUUUCGAAGCUAUCGGCUUUGACUUCCUCAGAAGGCUCUUGCUUACGAAUGACGUUCCUGUAGACUGUCCACCUUCCAUUUACAAAUCCGUUGCUUUGUCUAUCAUCACAGUAUUUUGCAAUGAAGAGGACCUGGCCACAAAGAAGGAGAUGGUGGAGUUUGUCCCAAUAUUCCUGGACAUAGUGAAAUCAGCUGAUAGUGCAGAUGACGACAGUCUAAUGGCUAUUGGAGAAGCUUACAACUGUCUUAAAGGAAUAGCUGCAUACCCUCCAGGUCAGCAAAAACUGAUUGAGUGUAACGCCAUCGAAAAACUUUGUGAAAUAUAUUCGUCAGGCAGCUUUCAGUCCGAUGAGGCUCUUAAUAUCAUGGCAGUAUUGAUCGCAAAGCAUGGUACUGGGUCUUGGCAAAACAAAGAUCCGAAAGCAUACCAUGCACUUCUUAACAAAAUUGCUGUAGAUUUUGAAACAGAUCAAGAUAAACGAAAAUUCGAAGUAUGUGAAGUACUCAACGCACUGGUUUACAAUUGUCCCAAGAAAGAUAUUAUUGCUACUGCUUCUAAUGAAAUUUGGCCACAAAGCAUCUAUAAAGGCCUAUGUGAUAUUUUGCAAAGUAAAAUAACAGCACAACAACGAAAUCCAGCAUUGUUGUUAACUGCAAGUAUGUUGGAUUUACUAGGAAUUGAAUGGAUAUUCUCUGAUGAAGAAAAAGGUAAACAGAUAUUUUUGUUGUUGAUACAACUAGCUUCAAUUGAAGUUCGUAUGCAACUAGAAGGCAACAAAUCCUUGAAAUCACUAGAGCCUAACCAAAAUUUGAUAACAGCUUGUUAUAUAAUCUUAGAGGUAUCCCUAAACUUCAUUUCAACUGACCAAAUAGACUUGGAACAAAAAGAAAAACAGACCCUGUAUACAGGUUUGAAAGGUGCAUUCACAGCAAUAGUAAACUUGCUUUUGAAGGUAGCAAAUGACAAAACCAAACCAACAGGUCAGGACAAGCUUUUCAUCUGUGCCACUAUUCGAGUUUUGGCAGCAUGGUUGACACAAGAACCUACUUCUAUGCAGUCUCAAAUCUAUCAGUUGUUACCUUUCAUAUUUGAUAUUGCUAAUGAGACAUUUUACGCAUGUAAGGAGAGAAAAGUUGCUGAAAAGGCAGGUGAUAAGACCUAUCAACUAGAUCCUUUAAGCAAUGUUGACGUUUUGAGAGUUCUUCUACCAGCUAUGUGCCACUUGGCUGUGGAUGAACACGCUAGGAAGAUUUUAUUGAAGAUCAACGAAGAAAAGGCAUUGCUUGAUUUUAUGGAAUUUCAUUGGACUAUUGUACACUACAAAAGGCCACCUGUGCCUAGAUCUGAAAGGUUGAAAGUGAUGAAUCAACCUAAACCAGAGCUGACCCCAGAGAUACUUGAGGAUAUGAAAGAUUCGAGGACAGCUAUGAUAAGUACCUGCAAUGUUCUGAUGAAUUUGACUGUGCUGGAACCAAAACAUGUGGAAGAAAGUCCAGUCUUCAACGAUCUGAUGAGAUUUAUCUUUGAAAAUCUACCUGAACUAAAGGACAUCCCUGACAAUCUUGUGCUACAUGGCAACCUUGCGGUCCUAGGCUUGCUGCUGCUGAAACAACUAUCAAGCAAAGUGAAGAAAAACGACUUCUCCAUCUGCAGAUACAUCCAAGCAACGAUUCGUUUCUUAUGGGAUGCUUACACCAUUGAUGAGUCAAGUGAUCCUCAGUCUCUUGUGGUGUCCAUGGCUUACAAAGAGCAUUGGAUGGAACUCAUGGAGCUGUGGUUCUUAGGAAUGCAAACCUUGGCAGCAGUGAUUGCACAGAUUCCUUGGAUAUCAGAGUUUGCCAUCGAGAGUGGUUGGGCAGAGGGUAUCAUCACCUUGCUGAAGGAAGUGAAGAUAGGCGCACUGCCUCCAAAUAUCAAAUUGGCCUUUGAAGAUUUCCUCUGUCAUCUGGUUGAUGCUAAUGAUGCUGUGAAGGACGUGCUGAAGAAACAUGAUGCUCUGAGGGUCUGUCGUAAUCAUAGGUUGAUGGAGCUUGGCAAGAAGUUGUUUGGUGAUUAAAUGGUUUGCUCAUAUAUGCAACUGACUAGUUACAAAUUAGUUUUAAGGACAUUUAUCCAUUGUAAACUUCUGACAAACACUAUUUUAAGCUCUAGUCUUGUCUGUAACUUUUUUAUAUAAAUUAUUUGAAAUAUCUACUCUGAACUUCAAAAAUGUGAAUGAAUUAUACAUUCUGCAAGUUAUUAUGAACUUGUUAAAAAACAAAAUGUAUCACAAUUUUCGUGUACUUUGGCAUACACGCACUAUAAAUCUCAGGUCAAAGUUUUGAAAACGAAAUUUUUUGUUCUAUUAGGUUUCAUUUUAGUCUAGAAAAAAUGAUUUACAGUUUCCUAGUUUCUUAUUUAAUUUAGUUUUGUUAUACCUGCAGUAGAUAAAUUAAAAAAAAAUGAAUGUUGGAAUUGUGAUAGGACCAUUUGAGAAACAAGAGACUAUCCAGGACUGUACAUUUCUAUUUUUGAAGACCUAUCAUUUGUAUCUCUCCAUUCUUGAGAUAACUGACCUUACAAGUUGUUUUUAACUCUCCACUUGGGUGCUUUCCAAAGCAAUUGCCUGUGGUGCUGAUCCAUUGUAUUUUAGUUUUGAUUAGGGCAUGUUUUUAUAUUGCUGAUCUAUAAUUUGUUAUAGUAAUAUUGGAUUAGAACUUGGAUAUUGACCAGUGGAAAAUGAAUAUCUAUUUUUUGUUGUGAAAUUGUGUUACAUGGGGUCAGUUUCAUUCAGAAGACAUCCUUUUAUAAAUAUGAUCUGUACUAUUUGUCUGGUCUUCUGUUUGACUAUAAUUUAAUUAUAAUUUUUGGUAGUUCAUGAGUCAACAUAAAUUGUGCUUUUAGAUUGUAAACUCUAACCUUGUCCAUUUAACAAAAUAAUGUGAUGGGAACAAUACAGGAUGUUUCCAGAAUAUGGGCCAAAUAUUUGGACGGUUUUUGUAGAAGUUUCAGAUGCAAUGCGAUUAAAAAGAAGGCAUUUUCCAAAAAUUGUGAAAGGGUAAGACAUCUGAAAAGUCACCAUCUCCAUGUUCAGGAAACAAUGUAUAUAUUAUCUGACUUGAUCCAUUGUGUGAAUUUUAAUUCUCAAUUUUGCUGCACCCAACUAUUUUAUGCAUUUCAAUGCAUUUUUGUAAUAAAUUUUGUAUAAUAUUGUGGGCUUGUUAUUCAUGCACGAUAAAAAGUGGUGGAUUUUUGCAUAUUUUUUGUAAAAAAUCAAGCUUGGAUUUUAUAAUGUGCUGUUUUUUAUAAAAUGAGUUCAGAUUAUAUAUUGAAUAUAUUUAUUUGAGAUUUUCAAUCAGAGUUUGCCUCAUUUCCCUUAGUUUAUAUCCUUCAAAUUGGAAUUUUUAUUACAGCCGCGGGCUUAUGACAGCAUUUUAAUUUAUAGAAAACAUGUAAAUUAUUAUUUUUAGAACGAGUGUUUCGCCAAAAUCCUGUUAUUUGAAAACGUUUUUUGUCGAAGCUUUAAAAUAAUACUCCCACAAAUGAUUCUAAGUUUGUAGAUUACCUCGAAUACACUUUCACGAAAUGUG